AUGACCUUUGGGUUGCAGAAGAAGAUCAUCCUCUCGUCAGCCUCUAUGAUAUCCCAGAAGCCAACUACAGCAGCCGAAGAGGACCCAGAAUUCCUCCGCAAGCAGCUGGACCGCAUCUCCUCACACCCAUCUCUCACUCCUUACAGACGACGGGUCUACCGAACUCUGCUCUCCGUGCCCAAGGGUCAGUGGACGACCUAUGCAGUGCUCUCUGCCCACUUAUCCUCCUCCGCGCGGGCGAUAGGGAAUGCAAUGAAGACCAAUCCCUUUGCACCCGAGGUUCCCUGCCAUCGCGUUCUGGCGUCGAACCGCACCAUCGGCGGGUAUAAGGGCAGCUGGGGUAAUGGCGGCUCUUAUGCAGUGGAAAAAACGAAGCUGCUGCGUGGUGAAGGGGUGGUUUUUGAUGCGAAAGGGAGGGCAGGCGGAGAGAUUUUUACCCAGUUUGCCGACAUGGGUGAAGUGUUGGAGGGGAAGGAGUCAUAA